UUGCGAUCAGCAUGGUCGGUAUAUGCUAAAGGUCUCACUGAGCGCGUGUUUUUUUUUGUGCUAAACGCUUUGUUUUGAGAAUUGAGUGCAGUAAUCACCAUAAAUCAGCAUGUCCAAGCGUCGAAUCGAAGUGGGGGAGACCUACGGCAGCAAGGCGAAGAAGGACCCGGAGGCGUCCUCCUCGUCGGCGGCAGCCGCUGCCGGCACAGUGGCCCAGAUCCUGGGCGGAUUCGUGCCCAACAAGCAGCCGCCCACGAUGAACCCGCUGACCAACACGCCGUACUCGCAACGGUACCAGAAUCUCUACAAGAAGCGCAUUGCGCUGCCCGUGUUCGAGUACCAGGCGGACUUCAUGCGGCUCCUCAGCCUGCACCAGUGCAUUGUGCUGGUGGGCGAGACGGGCUCCGGCAAGACGACACAAAUUCCGCAGUGGUGUGUGGACUUCGCAGUGUCCAAGGGGCGCAAGGGAGUCUCCUGCACACAGCCACGUCGAGUUGCCGCCAUGUCCGUGGCCCAGCGCGUUUCGGAGGAGAUGGACGUGAAACUGGGCGAAGAGGUCGGGUACUCCAUCCGUUUCGAGGACUGCUCCACGGCCAAGACGCUGCUCAAGUACAUGACCGACGGUAUGUUGUUGCGCGAGGCCAUGUCUGAUCCAAUGCUGGACCAGUACCAGGUCAUUCUGCUUGACGAGGCUCACGAGCGAACCUUGGCCACUGACAUUCUAAUGGGCGUGCUCAAGGAGGUCAUCCGUCAGCGCAGCGACCUUAAGCUGGUGGUCAUGUCCGCCACACUGGACGCCGGCAAGUUCCAGCAGUAUUUCGACAACGCACCGCUCAUGAAAGUGCCCGGUCGCACACAUCCCGUGGAGAUCUUCUACACGCCCGAACCAGAAAGGGAUUACCUAGAGGCUGCUAUUCGCACGGUCAUCCAGAUACACAUGUGCGAGGAAAUUGAGGGUGAUAUCCUAAUGUUCCUCACGGGCCAGGAGGAGAUUGAGGAGGCUUGCAAGCGCAUUAAGCGCGAGAUCGACAAUUUGGGCUCUGAAAUUGGAGAGCUGAAGUGCAUUCCCCUGUACUCGACGCUGCCGCCCAAUUUGCAGCAGCGCAUCUUCGAGCCGGCCCCACCGCCAAAUGCCAAUGGCGCGAUCGGACGCAAGGUCGUGGUGUCCACCAACAUCGCCGAAACCUCACUGACCAUUGACGGAGUGGUGUUCGUGAUCGAUCCAGGCUUCGCCAAGCAAAAGGUGUACAAUCCUCGCAUUCGAGUGGAGAGUCUGCUCGUCUCCCCCAUUUCGAAAGCGUCUGCGCAGCAGAGAUCCGGUCGUGCUGGACGUACGCGUCCUGGCAAGUGUUUCCGUCUGUACACGGAAAAGGCGUUUAAGAACGAAAUGCAGGACAAUACCUACCCCGAAAUCCUGCGCUCCAAUUUGGGCACUGUGGUUCUGCAGCUCAAGAAGUUGGGCAUCGACGAUCUGGUGCAUUUCGAUUUCAUGGACCCCCCAGCUCCAGAGACCUUGAUGCGUGCCCUGGAGUUGCUCAACUAUCUGGCCGCCCUGGAUGAUGACGGCAAUCUUACGGACCUGGGCGCCGUUAUGUCCGAGUUCCCUCUGGAUCCGCAGCUGGCCAAGAUGCUGAUCGCCAGUUGCCAACACAACUGCUCUAAUGAAAUACUUUCCAUAACGGCCAUGUUGUCGGUUCCACAAUGCUUCGUUCGUCCCAACGAGGCGAAGAAAGCUGCCGAUGAGGCCAAGAUGCGAUUAGCCCACAUUGACGGAGACCACCUGACCUUGCUUAAUGUCUAUCACGCCUUUAAGCAGAACAGUGAGGAUCCAAACUGGUGCUACGAGAACUUCAUAAACUUCCGGUCGCUAAAGAGUGCGGAUAACGUGCGCCAGCAGCUGGCUAGGAUCAUGGACCGCUUCAGCUUGCGGCGCACGAGCACGGAAUUCACCUCGAAGGACUACUAUGUAAACAUCCGAAAGGCCCUCGUGCAGGGCUUCUUCAUGCAGGUGGCCCACCUGGAGCGCACUGGCUACUAUCUGACCAUUAAGGACAACCAGAACGUGCAGCUGCAUCCGUCGACGUGCCUCGACCACAAGCCCGAUUGGGUCCUCUACAAUGAGUUCGUGCUGACCACAAAGAACUACAUUCGCACGGUGACAGAUGUGAAACCUGAAUGGUUGUGCAACCUGGCGCCCCAAUAUUAUGACUUGAACAACUUCCCCCAGUGCGAGGCGAAACGACAGCUGGAGUUGCUGCAGCAGCGGAUGGAGACCAAGCAGUACCAGAAGGGUUUCUAAGUCCCCAGAGUAUGGCUAGGUGUAAUAUGAUGGAGAAAGGAUCAUGGAUAUGAGUGUGUGAAUUUUAGCAAGUUAUAAGAAAAAUAACCCGUUUGCUUUUUAUUGUUUGCUAACUUGAUUCAAGCACAUAGACACUUUAACAGAUCAAUAAUAUGCAAGAACUCCGUUUA